GGGCUGGAGCGGCUGUGGAAUAGGAGGCGGUGGUGGCCGCGGCCGGGGAGUUCAGAGUAAGGGCUUGGGGACCCGGCCCUGCAGGAGGGCUGGGGAAGUUGUCUUUUCUUUCCCGAAGGGGCUGGUAAAGCCGGUGACUGAGCGGCAAGAUGAAUUUCCUCCGCGGGGUAAUGGGGGGUCAGAGUGCCGGACCCCAGCACACAGAAGCCGAGACGAUUCAAAAGCUUUGUGAUCGAGUAGCUUCAUCUACUUUACUGGAUGAUCGAAGAAAUGCUGUGCGUGCUCUCAAAUCGUUAUCCAAGAAAUACCGCUUGGAAGUAGGAAUCCAGGCUAUGGAACAUCUUAUCCAUGUUUUACAAACAGAUCGUUCGGAUUCUGAAAUAAUAGGUUAUGCUUUGGACACACUGUAUAAUAUAAUAUCUAAUGAUGAAGAAGAAGAAGUAGAUGAUGUUAAAGAAGAAAAUUCCACAAGACAGAGUGAGGAUUUGGGAAGCCAGUUUACAGAAAUUUUCAUUAAGCAGCCAGAAAAUGUCACUCUCCUGUUAUCUUUAUUGGAGGAAUUUGAUUUCCAUGUCCGCUGGCCUGGUGUGAAGCUUCUGACUUCUCUUCUAAAACAACUGGGGCCUCAGGUGCAACAAAUUAUUUUAGUUAGUCCCAUGGGUGUUUCAAGACUGAUGGAUUUAUUAGCGGAUUCCAGGGAAGUUAUACGUAAUGAUGGUGUCUUACUACUACAGGCACUAACAAGAAGCAAUGGAGCAAUCCAAAAAAUUGUUGCUUUUGAAAAUGCUUUUGAAAGACUACUGGACAUAAUCACAGAGGAGGGAAACAGUGAUGGAGGUAUAGUAGUGGAAGAUUGUUUGAUUUUGCUUCAAAACUUAUUAAAAAACAACAAUUCAAAUCAAAAUUUUUUUAAAGAAGGCUCAUAUAUCCAGCGUAUGAAACCUUGGUUUGAAGUUGGAGAUGAAAAUUCAGGCUGGUCUGCACAGAAAGUGACCAAUUUACAUCUUAUGCUACAGCUUGUGCGGGUACUGGUAUCUCCCACUAACCCUCCUGGAGCCACCAGUAGCUGCCAGAAGGCUAUGUUCCAGUGUGGAUUAUUGCAGCAGCUUUGCACUAUUCUAAUGGCUACUGGAAUUCCUGCUGACAUCCUGACUGAGACCAUAAAUACCGUAUCAGAAGUUAUUCGAGGCUGUCAAGUAAACCAAGACUACUUUGCUUCUGUAAAUGCACCUUCAAACCCACCAAGACCAGCAAUUGUAGUACUUCUCAUGUCUAUGGUUAAUGAGAGGCAGCCGUUUGUUUUGCGCUGUGCUGUGCUUUAUUGUUUCCAGUGUUUCUUAUAUAAAAACCAAAAAGGACAAGGAGAAAUUGUGUCAACACUUCUACCCUCCACUAUUGAUGCAACAGGUAAUUCAGUCUCAGCUGGUCAGUUAUUAUGUGGAGGUUUGUUUUCUCCUGAUUCACUUUCAAACUGGUGUGCUGCUGUGGCCCUUGCCCAUGCUUUACAAGAAAAUGCUACUCAGAAAGAACAGCUACUCAGGGUCCAACUUGCUACGAGUAUCGGCAACCCUCCGGUUUCUUUACUGCAACAGUGCACCAACAUCCUUUCACAGGGUGAUAAGAUCGACAGACGGGGAAGCAAAAUACAGACAAGAGUUGGAUUAUUAAUGUUGCUUUGUACCUGGUUAAGCAACUGUCCCAUUGCAGUAACACAUUUUCUCCACAAUUCAGCCAAUGUUCCAUUUCUUACAGGACAAAUUGCAGAAAAUCUUGGAGAAGAAGAGCAGUUGGUCCAAGGAUUGUGUGCCCUUCUAUUGGGUAUUUCAAUUUACUACAAUGAUAACUCACUUGAGAACUACAUGAAAGAGAAACUAAAACAACUAAUAGAGAAGAGAAUUGGCAAAGAGAAUUUCAUAGAGAAACUAGGAUUUAUUAGCAAACAUGAGUUAUAUUCCAGAGCAUCACAGAAACCCCAGCCAAACUUUCCCAGUCCAGAAUACAUGAUAUUUGAUCAUGAGUUUACAAAGUUGGUAAAAGAACUAGAAGGUGUUAUAACUAAGGCUAUUUAUAAGUCCAGUGAAGAAGAUAAAAAAGAAGAAGAGGUAAAGAAAACAUUAGAACAGCAUGACAGCAUUGUAACUCACUAUAAAAAUAUGAUUCGAGAACAAGAUCUACAACUAGAGGAAUUAAAGCAGCAGGUUUCUACAUUGAAAUGUCAAAACGAACAACUCCAGACAGCAGUCACACAGCAAGCAUGUCAGAUUCAGCAGCACAAGGAUCUGUAUAAUCUUCUUAAAGUACAGCUAGGAAAAGACAGUCAUCAUCAAGGUUCAUGUAAUGACGGGGCUCAGAUGAAUGGUAUUCAGCCAGAAGAAAUUAGUAGGUUGCGAGAAGAAAUAGAAGAAUUAAAAAGUAAUCAGGAACUUUUACAAAGCCAGCUGGCUGAAAAGGACUCUUUGAUUGAAAAUUUGAAAUCUCAAACAUCUUCUGGCAUGAAUGAACAAUCUUCAGCAGCAGCUUCAGCUAGAGAUUCUGAACAAGUUGCAGAAUUAAAGCAGGAACUGGCAACAUUAAAGUCUCAGCUAAACUCACAAUCUGUAGAGAUCAGCAGACUACAGUCAGAAAAGCAUGAGCUGUUACAGAAAACAGAAGCAUUUGCAAAAUCAGUUCCUGUACAAGGAGAGAGUGAGAAUGUAAUCACUGCUAAAACCACUGAUGUGGAAGGAAGACUAUCUGCAUUACUACAAGAAACUAAAGAAUUAAAGAAUGAAAUUAAAGCUCUUUCAGAGGAAAGAACUGCCAUUAAAGAGCAGCUGGAUUCAUCUAACAGUACCAUCGCCAUUUUACAAAAUGAGAAAGACAAGCUGGAGUUGGAAAUCACAGAUUCUAAAAAAGAACAAGAUGAUCUUUUGGUGCUGUUGGCUGAUCAAGAUCAGAAAAUAUUGUCAUUGAAGAAUAAGCUCAAGGAUCUUGGCCAUCCAGUUAAAGAAGAGGAUGAACUUGAAUCCGGAGACCAAGAAGAUGAGGAUGAUGAAAAUGAAGAUUAUGGCCUUGACCAGGAUCAUAUCUAACUUUAAACUCUCUAGGAAUGAUAGAGAUUAUGUUGUUAACUUGAAGAUGAAAUUUCAAGACAGUGCUUUGGUUUGCCUCCACAGAAAAUAAAGAUUUAGAAACCAAGUGGAAGCAUUCACUAAUAAGACUUUUGAUGUAUUUUUGUUUUAACGUUGCCACCCAUGUUGAAAACUCUAAAACCCCUACUUUAUGUGGAACACAUGUGUUUUAUUUAAAUUCAUCUGAACUGCUGAAAAAUAUAAUUUGCAAAGAGUAUGAGACAUUAAAAGUGCACCAUUUUAAUUGUGGUAGCAAUGCUGUUUGCCUUCUUAGUUUGUUGGUUUACUGUUCAGAAUUCAUGACUUUUAGUACUAACACAGUUAAUGUGUAUUGAUUGGAAUCAUUGUUUCUAAAUUCAGCAUUUGAGUUCUUAGCUGGUGAUUUCCUGUUAAAGAAGGGAGUUCAUUUAAAAGCAAGAUGACCCACACUGGGGGAUAAUGUUAUGUCAUCAGCCCUCCAUCAGUGUGACUCCCAAGAAGAGCAGGAUGGGCCAAUGUAGAGUGAGUGCCUUUACAUCCACUAGGGUUGUGUUCUGUACCUAUGUAAAGAAGUGGCAUACUGACACAGUGAUGUGGAAGGCAAUUCUAAGAAACUUGUAAUGUGGUUGGUUUUCUCUUUAUUUUAAGUUAAACAUGAAAAAACAAAUUACAAGUUAACAGUUCAUAUAACUCGGAUCUAGUGUUAUCACAAGACAUGUCACUAGUUUUAAAAAGACCCACUAUGAUUUAUAUAAUUUAUUGGCAUUUUUGCUGAAUAGGUUUAAGUAAGAUAAUAGAUUUUUAAAAAGCAAAUGAAGCAGUGUGUCAAAGUUUAAUGUUUUCAUAAUAAAAAUAGAUAUUAUGUUCACUUAA